UCCAAUGUUAGUAAUCACUGUAAAAAAAAAAAAAAAGAAUAAAGCUAAAUAAGCCGAACUCUACUUAUGCUAGGUGGGGGUUAAAAGGAUCUUACUGUAAAGCAUCCACGAUAAUGGAGUUGAAUGAAUAUGGUUAAUUCUCUCAAUGAAAUAUUUUAAGAUUGGUUGGAUACGUUCAGACAAGCAGAGAGACGGUGGAGUCUGAGUGGCAGUUGGGAAUGUGGCAGGAGGACCGUGAGUGCCCAGGAAAAACUAUUUAAAAAUGUCAGCUAUCAAUGGUUGUCACUAUGGUAACUACAUUCAUUUUUAUAUACAGUCUAUGCUCUGAUGCACACAAAGCCACCAGAGUUUCACCACAAUCUCAAACAAACAGGAGGCAAGUUAAAUGACAAUACAGACGUCCUGGUGUAAAUUUUGCUUGUAAAGAACCAAUCUGAAUACUCUGAAUUUCCCCACGGCUGGAUGUGGAAAGGUGACUUCUCUCUAAAAGGAGUCAGUUUUCUCCUUUCGCUUUUAAUAAGCUGUCAAGGUUGUUGCACUCUUUAUUUUAAACUGUUCUCUGGUAGAUUAAGGACAAACUGCUGUCAGUCUCAAUCACAAAGACACUAUUUCCCACUUUAACACCACAGCAUCAUUUUUGCCCUUCAGGAAGUAGCUGGAGGUAAAACAACAAUUUAAAACUGAUAUCUCAUUGCUGAAGAUGGUAGCGGCACUUUUUCUUCCAGUGUUCAUGAAAAUAAAUGUGAACAGGACGGAGUAAUGACAUUGUCCACUGCUCUUAAAUCCCUGAGAUACUCCUGCUUCAGAAUGACUGUUUUUCCUCAGCCCCAUUAGUUUUUCAGCUUUACAACAGUAUUAUUGUCUGUCUGAAGAAAGGUUUGUGUAAACCAUGGGUGCAUUCCCCCCAAAAAAAACAAAGAUAGCAGAAACAGACGUAUCUGGUAUAAAAACCUGCUGUUUGAACUUUGUCCAGAACAUAAAAUCUGAAAAACCAAAACCAAACAUCUACAUGGUUUUAAAGGCUUCUUUAAACGCCCUUAGGUGACUGCAAGGACUGAACAAGGAGAGUCAGGGCUGUGUGCACACCUCCACAGGCUGUGCUGGACAGUGAUUGACUGUCCUGUUGUGUUGUGUGCAUGUGUGAUGGUAGACGACCAGAUGGCUGAUGGGAGGACUUGACAUUAGAGGUGAACUGUUCCUGCGCUGAAUGAAAAAAUAUGCAUAGCACACACACAUUUGUACCUAUAAUUUUGAAGUUUGAUUUUAAACAUUUACUUGCAGCACAAACACUCAGAGAACCACCACAAUGCUUUUUCCCUCCGCCAUGAUGAACCCAGCCACACCGAGUGUUUCACGUCUUUGUGUUAUGAUGGAUCAACACAUACACAGGAAAACUCAAGAAAAGCACAGUUUACACUAUGAUUUCAUCUGUCAUAGAAGUUGCUGGAGAUUAUAUGUCAUAUAAGGUUUCACAAUGAUCAUGACUUAAAACACUGUUGGUUUGAAAGAACAAUGACCUUAUGACCUUUAGUGUUAGGUCCAGUGUUUUACUGAGCCAUCCAUCCACCCUGACUUCCUCUAGCCUGACACUAUUUCUUUUAGAAGACAGUCCUGAGAAACUCACACAUUGUGAAGGUGAAACAAUUUUAAAUAAUUACAGUUUGAUCAACAUAAAAAAGGCUGGUUUCCAAGCAGAUAUAUAUAAAAAAAAUACAGUAUUGUGCAAAAGUUUUAGGCAGGUGUGAAAAAUGCUGUAAACAAAGAACGCUUUCAGAAAUAUAAAUGAUUGUUUAUUGGCCCCAAAUGUAUUCUGGACAACGACCCCAAACACCCAGCCAAUGUCAUUAAGAACUAUCUUCAGUGUAAAGAAGGAGAAGAAGUACUGGUUCAGUUCAACUUUAAAGUGUUAAAAGAAAAAACAUCUUAAAAAAGCGGGUUACCUUUGUAAAUUAUUAUAAUAAAAUUAUUUAAGCUCUCACAAACAUUUUGUAAUCUAGGCUGAAUAUUCUAAAAAUGUCGUAAAUCCACCUCAACCCUUUCCUGUCACUACUGAUAUACACAUACACACUAGUGUACACACACGUACACACACGACACACUCACUGCAGUGACCUCGUCCAGAUGGGCAACGCGAGCCUAUCAGAGGGUCGAGUCACUGUGGCCCCAGAGUGUCUCCAACCACCACCCCGUCGCUCCCACAGCCCUCUGGAGGAAGCUAGAGUAUGAAGAGCUGUUGCAGCUUUGCAUCAUUCUGCUGCUGAGUGUCCACAUUUACCCCAAAAUAAUGAGCCUCACUUUAUGUUUGAUGACACACUGAAAUGCCUGUGAAAACUCAAAGGCCAUUUCUUUCUUGGUUGUUAUGGGUGUUCACUGUUCUUUGUGAGCCUCAAACCUCCAUGGCAGCAGCAGAUGUAAUUAUAAACAAAUUUAUAGACUGUCAAUUACCUCAUGGUUGAAGGGCUGACAAUGCAGUUAGGGAGGGGAAAAAUUGUGGACCACCAUCGAACUUUGGGUUUACUCACAUUUAAAAAAAAAUGAACCUAUAUUCUUACUGAGAUAAAAAUUCAGUUCCUAGAUCAGCCUAAAUUCAUUCUAACUAAAAAGUAAAUACAAAGUUAACGUGACCGGACACAACAGGGUGGUGAAUGAGUUCAGGCUUCGGUGGAACAGUUAAAGCCAGAAUAGUAAAGGUAUAGGAUAUGCUUUCAGGUUAUAGUGUCAUGGUUAAUAAGUCAGUAUUGUACAGAAAUGUACAACUAGUUGUAGGAAAGCCAGCGCCGUAGACAGACUCCCGCAGAAGUGAUCUGUAGGGGAUGGUGGAUCUGUCACAUCAGCUUCAUAAAUGUGGAUGUGUAUUUCAGCUUUGGGAAACUAUAGGAGGUAAACAUUUGAUUUGGGUUUGUUUUUUCAUUUUAUUGGCAAAGUAUGAAACUUUCCCAAACACACUCUGUUGUCUCUAACAUUCUGUGGAGUGACGUCUAUGGGAAGAACAAAAAUUCCCAGCAAAAAUCCACAAGAUGAGAUACUUACACUUGCUCUUGCAUCGACAGUGAGCUAAUAGUCUCUCAUUCUACUGUCAUUAGCAACAAUAGCUACCACAAUGCUGUGCACAACACAGACUCCAAUGCAAAAACCACCAGAGACAAAAACAUGAGAUUGGAAAAUCUGGAUCUGUUCAUUUGAAAAAAGGGGAAAAGCAACACUUUAUCUCUGUUGUGUCUUUCAGGUUUGUCGGCAGCUGUGAAGAAGACACACUCAUGCACACUGGAGAGUGUUGAAGAAUAGGUGAGACUAAUCAGUAAGAACAAGACAGCAAAUGUAAAACUAAAUCCAAAGCAUGAGGGCCAAAAGACUAUCAAAGUUUUUGCAUGAAUAGAUUUCCUUUGUUUGCAAUCUGGCCGCUGUCCCCUGAACUAAGAUUCUGAGGGUAGGUGGUCUAAGUCGAUUCACUCGAUGAGUUUUUAAUGAAGUUUCCAUUCACUGUGGAACACUGAACGUGUUUCCCCCCCAACAUUAUAAGCAGUUUUUACUGUAAAACAUGCAAGCACUGUGAGAGUGAAGGAUAGAUGAGGACAAAUGUGUGACAGGGGACUUCUGCUAGAGUGGAGUCUCUCUCAUUAGAGCUGAUAAGGCUGGAUAAUGAAUGUGAGAUCCUCCUGCAGUCGUCUGUGCGUGGGACUGUCGGAGGGAGGAACGCUGAUCCUCCAGGCGCUGCCCAAACAGCUCCUAACAUGCUGCUGUGAAUCUACUGACUGGGCCUGAUGAGGGGAGGUGGAGAGCUCCGACAUCGGCUGAGCGGCUUUUCCAAGCAUAAAUCAUCCCCGUGUUCUGCCAAUUUGGAGGAAGAAUGAAACUCCUGCUACACCUCAGUUUCCUCUCUCUGCUGGCAGGAGACACUCUCGCCUACAGCACUUUGAUAUUUACUCAGCAUGGCUGUUUUCAGGAAGCUUAAUCGUUUUCACUGAUGCUCCACAGCUCAGUCGGGAUUUGUUUUAUGAAGCUGAGUGGGAUGGUGGGUGAGGUGCCCUGUAAAUAUAUCUUUAGCUUUAUUUUAUGAGGGAGGUUCUCUGUCACUGCACAGAUUCGCUGAGACAACAUGAGAGGAGGAGAGACUUAAACACCACACUGCUGUGUUAGAGGGGAUAUUACUGCAGGUCAACUGGAGGCAUUUUGUAAAGUUCCUAUAAGCUAUGACCUAAAGCUAGGUGCUUUGUGAGACUUACUCAUAGGUUCAGGUUGUUAUUUCGAACUGUGUAAGUGCUUAGUGCUUGCAAAAGGGAAAUCCUACAACGAUCAGAGUGCUAUACAAAAUAGUUUCCUCAGGCACUGAUAUUCAGUAGGAGUUUGAAGAUUGGUCUUAGCUGAAUGAUUAGAUAGAACGGACUGUUGUGGUACUUUUCACCACUGAGUGCCUACAGCACUUCUACGUUACAAGCCACAUUUACCCAUUUAUACAUGGAGCAUCUCGCUCAUGGAUAUUUCAACAUGCAACUGUGGAACUCCCCUUUCUGUCAGUGGAAAUGAAGUUUAACUCAACAAUGUAUCCCUAUGAACAUAUUGGAGAUAAUUUAUCUGAAUUUUAGGAGAGGGACCAAACCUCUAUACAUGCCCCUACUGGUUCUCUAUCUUUAUUUCAUUGGAUUCUCUUUCAGGCAAUCCAAGAAACCAAAACUCUCUGAACAACAUGUCAGGUGCUUCAGAGAGACCAAACUCCACCGGUCAUCCUUGGGAACCUCAUAGCACUUUUUCUCACCGCUCGGCAAUCCUACAUCCAUCUUUCCGUACAUCAGAACUCCUCUCUUCACUCCAUCCAGAUAUAAAGUGACUUUUACCCAAAAAGCCGACACAUGUCAACGCUGACUCAGACAGCAUGCCGUUCCUAUGUUCCAGGAAGGUCUCAUAAAAGUAUUCUUCUGAUGAGGAUCAAGACUGGACUGUAGCUCGGUUACAAUGUGUCCUAAAAGAGAGAGGCACUUUUUUUCAUUGUUGUUCUAACUUUGUAGCUUCUUAACACUCACAUAUCUAAAAGUCAGUUGACCAGAAGCAAAUAUAAAACUUCCAACAGCAGCUGCUGUGCGCCUUGCAGCUUGACCCACCCACCAGCGUCAGGUAGCAUAGACAAGCUCUGGUAACAGAAAAAGAAGCAUCCCAUCACUGUUCCAUGCAGCCGCCCCUACCACAAUUUCAUGCGCUGGACAAAAUGCAGAAGCAAGUUUUUCAACCACUGGGAUGCCACCUCCUCUCUUCUCUAUGCUUCAUUAUCAAAAUGUAGCAGCAAACCUUUCUGGCACCGGGUUGCCAGCUUCUCUACAACCUAUCCUAUCUAUUAUUUGCAAAAAACAACAAUAAACAUUACUGGCACCGGGUUGCCAGUUUACUGCUCUACUAUCCCUUCUCUGCAAUAUGCAACAGCAAACUUUUCUGGCACUGGGAUGCCAGUUUUUCAUCAUAUGUAGUAGUAUGAAGGUAGGUCCUUCAUAUUUUCCAGAGCUGUCCACCGGACCAGAUUGGAGUCUUUGGUGGUCCAUUUUUGGUCUAGUCUAUGUCUUAGUAAUUAUUCCCAUGUCCUGUUUUGGUUUGGUAAAUGUCUUUGCUCAUGGGUUCCUCUCUUGAUGGUUUCCACCUUUGUCUUGUCUCCAUUGGUGUCUGUUUUCCCUCCUUUGUGAUUGCCUGUCCCUCCCUCAUUGCUUUCAUUUGUGGACAGUGUGCCCUGGGUGUGUCAAUAGGUAUGUUUCUCCCAUUGUCUGAUGGCCAUUCAUCUGUUUUUCCUCCCAUGCUAACAGUGUAUGUAUCUGAGUUCAUCCUCUUCUGCUUAGUUUGGUUUUGUAUGUUUCUCAUAUGGACUCUGGGUUUUUAACUUGUGUUGCUUAAUUUAAUAAUCUUCCUUUUAAAGACUUUAGGAACUUCUUUGAAAAAAAAGUGCUGAGCAGAAUUUUGGAUACACAAUCCAUCCAUUGCCUGAAAAUGUUCAAAAGAGCUUAUUUGUGAUAUCUUCAAAGGCUUGGCUUUUUUUUUCUAGUACCCCCUUAAAUGUUCAGUGGUGUUGAAGUUGGGUAACUGUGUAUGAAAGUCUAUGACUAGCAGGACUCCUUGGUCGUCUUUGGUCUUCAAGUAGUUCUCAGAUCUUUGAGGUUUGUUUUGGCUCAUUAUCUGGCUGUAGUAUGAAUUUUUCUCCAUAAAGAUGAAAACUGUUGGUGGUUAUCCAAAGCUAAAAGUGAAGGUGGACCUUUCAUAACAGUUAAUUGGAGUAAUAGGUUCUUCAUUUUGACAAUUCUGCAUCUGAUUAUCUGAACAAGCCUUUAAUAAUAAAAAUAAAAUGAUAAUAAUUAAUAAACUUUGACAAGGGUGAUGCAUUUCAGAAACUCCAUUUCUAUAUUUAUGCGAUGGGAAAAACAGAUCUUUUACACUGUUUUCCUUGUCCCUUCAUCUCCUUGCUUGGCAUCAGACUGUGUGCUCUGUUAAUGUUUGUAACUGUUCCCGACAUCUCUGUAGGGUUAUAUCCAAACCUGUUGCUUUGGCAUUAAAGUGCUUGACAUGGGUUUGCCGUCACCCCGGCGAGUGGGCGGGCAGCAUGGACGCCAAUAUUUGGUCACUGGAGAUUGAGACAACGUAGGAAAAACUGAUUCUAACCCAUCCGAGGAUUUACAAGAUAUUUAGAAGACUUGAUGGUCAGAGGUUUUAGUUUUCUGAAAACCUGUGAAAAUGAUAACUUAAGAGAUCUCCUAAGAUUUUGAAAUUGAGAACAUAAUGUUUAAAUCUCAGGAGAUCAAAUUUUCUGAAAAUCUUGUGAAUGUGAGGCAGCACUAGCAAUAACUUAAUUAAGAAAAUCUCAACAUUCAUGUCAGUUUUAUUGUGAAUGUGUGUGUAAUCUAUGAACCAGUUUUUGCCAUAUAAGACAUGCUAGUCCUUUGUUCUCUGCACUCCAAACCCGGGUUUGGUGGAUAUCUUUAGACUCGUGCUGCUGGAGGCCUGGAUGUAACUGGCUGACAGAUUUCUGCUGAAGCUGCGUCUCUCAGCGGUUUCUUGCUGCGUUGUCCUCUGUUAUCUUCCUCUUUGCUUAGUUUUUGCUGUUCGUUCUGUCUGUCUUUGCAUUGUGCUCUCUUCCUUCCUUUUCAUGUCUCUCCUACCUCUUGUUUCUUUGAACUGUUUGUUUUGUCAACCACAGCGAUGGAGGGCGGCAGCACGACACCACAUGACUGUGUGCUUUUUUCUUUGUCACAUUCCUCUGCGUCUCUCCUGAAAGGGAAAAGUGUUUUUUUUUUCAGUGCAGCAAUACAACUCUAAAUCCAACUCCAACUGAACAUGAACUCCACCAUUUUUUUCUGCUAAUCACUUUCAGGUCUUUUGUGCCUUUAUUGUCAUUUCCUUAUUUUAUUUUUAUGUUUUUUCUUUGUGUUAUUUCCUGUCUCUAUUAUGUCAUUUUUCACGUGGUUGUGGACAAUUAAGUCAUUUUUUUAUGUCUGUUUGUUUCAAUGCUAAACUGUGAUUGGGUGUUGUUUUGUGUUUAUUUGACAUAAUCUUGCUAUUUUUAGGCAUUAUUGUGCAUCUCAUUUGUCUCUUUGUGAUGUAUCUGUGUCUGCACCGCUGCAGUUCUCAUGCCAGGGUUUCAUUACCAAAAACUAUCAGAACUAAUUGACCUGCGACAUGACAGUUUUUUUUUCUUUUUAAAUUAUGGGGCACAGUGAUAGUGAAGAAUGUUGUUUUCUUCAAUUUGACCUAACGAUAGCAGUGCCAUCUCACUGCUAUAAUGACCAAAAUGGAAAGAUAGCACAAUAAUGAGAAAGCCUGUUUAAUAACUUAUUGUCACAGAGAGAACCAGUCAAACAUCUUUGGCAUGUGGUAAAAAGUGAAACUGGUAGCAUUAAUCUGCAGCUGACAAAUUGGUAGAAAUGAUGCACCACGGUUAUGUUGACAUCUCAAAGAAAACUUUCCAACGUCUCAGUUAGAGUCGAGGCUGUUUGAGAGGAAAGAGGAACCCCAUUUCAUUUUAGCUGUUGCUUUUAAGAGAUCUGAUAAACUUCUCGUCUAAAUGAAACCUUCUGCCUCACCAGGAAGCCAAAUGGAGGAAAAUACAUAACUAUAAAUAAAAGAAACCAAAAAAUGUUCUUAUUUUUAUUUUAUUUAAUUUAUGUGUAAGAGACUCUGCUGCAUUUUGUAGUAAUUUUGUGUUCAUGCUGAUUUGUGUGUGUGAGGUGGAGAGGAGGGGAAUGAUGCAACACCAAAAAUGACUUAAAAAUACAGUCGGUGUAGAAUAUGGCUUCCUUCUUCAGAGUGUUUCUCGAGUGUUUGUUUCCAUACACUCUCCUGUUUAAAUGUCCAACUGUACAGCAUUAACAAGCAUGUUUGUACUGCAACAAAUUUUGGAAUCGUUGACGUUGGAAUCAGUCUGGAUUACCUCACUGACGUUACUGUUUAGUAUCUUAGAUUGCAACAUUAUAAUUAUAAUAUUGAUCAGGACCAUAAUGCCAUUACUUUACCAGCGAAUAACUGGUAAGGUCAAAUAAAAACUGUUCUAAAAGUAUGACUGGAGGCAUUUAAAAGCAUCUCUUCUUGAGAUUUUAUUUUUUCUUUGCUGGAUCAGCACCUCACAGGUGGUACAGCACUACUAGGCUGCCUUACUACGGUCUACCUGAUAUUGCUGGUGUUGUUCAUGCGUCAUCAUAAUGUUUGUCCAGGAUCAACAUUGCAACUGGCCUCUCACCUUGUUGCGAUGCCAUAUCUUUGGAAUGUGGAAGAAGGAGAAAAAAAUGUCUUUGUUUAUGUAAAACGCUCUUCUGGAACAAGUGCUCAGCAUUUCAGGGUUUAAAAAAUAAUUAUUAUUAGGUAUUAUCAAGUUAUGUUUGCUAUUAACCAAAUUUAGGUUACUCAUGUUCUUUUGCUAGUAAUAGUUUUUCAAAGCAUUAGCUAACUUCUUGGCUAAUGCUAACUGCUUAUACAAUGUGAUUGGUCAGUUGCAAUGUUGAUCCUGGACAAACAUCAUGAUGAUGAUGUAAGAACAACACCAAAAGUUGACUGACAUUAAUGUUGCAGAUUGGUCAUUUUGUUGAUUUUGUGUCCCUCUGUGGUACUUUGUGUUUCUUUGGUGUCAUUCUGUGUUCCUUCUCAUCAGUGGUUCAUAUUUUUGUGUUGGUUUUUUUUUGUUGUUGUGUGGUUUUAUAUAAUUUUGAGAUUGUGCGCUCACGGUGUUUUAAAAGUGUCCUCUCAUUGGCUGACAGCUGUGUCAAUAAGAGGUGCAGGUAAGUGAUGGGGCGGGGCCAGAACGAUGACGUUGCAGUCACAUGUAUCCUCAUGCUGUGCCGAGCAGCCGGAGGAUGACAGUGCUGAUAGAGCUGCCGCUGGUCUCACACAGGGAGCUGUGUUACUGUUUUCUCCACGAGCCUGGAUUAUAACUAUGUAUUUUGUCAUUACUGCCAUGAAAGCUCAGAUUGAAAUAAUCCCCUGUAAGAUUUGUGGAGAUAAAUCAUCAGGGAUCCACUACGGGGUCAUCACCUGUGAAGGCUGUAAGGGUUUCUUCAGGCGUAGUCAGCAGAGUAACGCCACCUACUCGUGUCCUCGCCAGAAAAACUGUCUGAUCGACCGAACGAGCCGAAACCGCUGCCAGCACUGCCGUCUGCAGAAAUGUCUCGCUGUGGGCAUGUCCCGAGACGCUGUAAAGUUUGGUCGCAUGUCUAAAAAGCAGCGGGACAGUUUGUACGCGGAGGUGCAGAAGCACCGCCUCCAGCAGCAGCAGCAACAAGGUCACCACCUCUUGUCCCAUCCCAGCCUCGGCAGCCCGAGUCCAGUCGAGUCCGAGUCGCUGUCUUCUCACUACACCCUGUCCUCCACUGGCCUCACAGAGCUACCUGAUGAGGGGGGACACUACGUGGAACAGAACUCGCCUGAAGGCGGAUCUUUGUCAUCUAAGGGAGACUCUGCAGGAGGAGGGGAAGGAGGUGGUGGGGGGUUCUACUUGGACAUCCAGCCGUCUCCGGAUCAAUCCGGACUUGAUAUUAAUGGCAUCAAACCGGAGCCCCUGUGCGACUAUGGAUCCAGUAACGGCUUUUUUCCAUAUUGCUCCUUCAGCAACAGAGACGUGCCACCCACGGUGCCCAUGGCUGAGCUCGAUUACUUGGCCCAGAUCGUCUCCAAGUCUCACCUGGAGACAUGUCAGUACCUCAGGGAGGAGCUGCAGCAGAUGAGCUGGCAGAGCUUCCUUCAGGAUGAGGUGGAAAGCUACCAGAGCAAGCCUCAGGAGGUGAUGUGGCAGCUCUGUGCUGUGAAGAUCACAGAGGCCAUUCAGUAUGUGGUGGAGUUUGCUAAACGCAUCGACGGCUUCAUGGAUCUGUGCCAGAAUGACCAGAUCGUACUGCUGAAAGCUGGCUCUCUGGAGGUCGUCUUACUACGAAUGUGCCGAGUGUUUGACUCGCAGAACAACACCGUCUUCUUCGAUGGGAAGUUUGCAGGUCCUGAAGUCUUCAAAGCUUUAGGCUGUGAUGAUUUCAUCACGGCGGUGUUCGACUUUGCUAAGAGCAUGUGCUCGCUGCACCUAUCAGAGGACGAGCUUGCUCUCUUCUCAGCGUUCAUUCUGCUUUCUGCAGAUCGGUCGUGGCUGCAGGAGAAGCUGCAGGUGGAGAAGCUGCAGCAGAAGACUCAGCUUGCUCUGCAACAUGUGCUGCAGAAGAACCAGAGAGAGGACGAAGUCCUGAACAAGCUCAGAUGUAAGGCGUCAGCGUUGCGUUUGCUGUGCAGUCGACACACUGAGAAGCUGUGCACGUUCAGAGCCGUUUACCCGGACAUCGUUCGAUCGCACUUCCCUCCUCUUUAUAAGGAGCUGUUCGGUGCUGACCUCGAACUGACCCUGCAGAACAGCGACUGAACUGUCACUGGCACCAAAGCCGGUGUAUCCAGACAGAUUGCGCCCAGUUUCCAUAGACACUGCGGACGGGGCGGCGUCCCACACAGCCGAAGAUGGCGACUGUGCAGCUGCUGUACUUCAUCUCCUGGACACCUGACACAGACACAAAGAAACCCGAGUUCAUCUUCUCCUCAGUUUGUUUUUCCUCCUCCUCGUCCUCCUCUCAUGUCUGUGAGUUUGCUCUGAGGAGUCAGGUGGUCUCAUUAGCCCACGUCAUGUAUCCAGGCUUCUGAACCUGGAUCAGACUCACCUCUAACAGUACUCGCACUGAUACUUGUUUUUUGUUUCGUUUACCUGAUUGUUAAAGCUUUGAGUUUCCUGCGUUUGUUGGAGAGAAUGAUGUUGGAUCCAUUGACUUGUCCACAGACAGUUUUACUUGAUGAUCAAAAGAUUAAAAGGUAGCAAAAAUAAUUUCCUAAUUUUAAUUUGCAAAGUAAAAUUGUUCUUAUCCUUUGUGAGAGUGAGUGCAUAUGAAAAGCACCACAUUCACACAGCUGCUUCUACAACUUUGGAUACUUUGUGGAAAUGUUAUGUUACAUUGAUCAUAGUCUCAGCUGAUAUUAGCAAAAUGAUCAAAUAAUCCCAACGUCCUCUUGACACUUAUCCAGUGACAUCAGUUGCAUCAUUUUCAGUGCUAUUUACUGAAAAUACUGUAUGAGUCAUUGCUCAGAUACAUAGCACAGCACCACAGCCGUGAUCUCCAGUUCCAAAGUGACAAAAACUGCAUUUCCUUUAAUCACCACUUGAUGCUAGCUCUGAAAGUGAGUCGGUGCAUACAGACUCCUAUGUUGGAAUGCCAAACUUACAAAACAAUACAAACAUUUAUUUUGGAAUCUGUAGUUUUUUAACUCAUCCAUUUAGCUUAAAGUCAUUCAAUUCAAUUUUAUUUAUAAAGCGCCAAACAAGUCGCUUCAAGGCGCUUUAUAUUGUACAGUAGACCCUACAAUAAUAGAUACAGAGAAAAAA